AUGGGACAAGGACAAUCUGCUGAUGCCCCUCCGCCUACGCUAGAGCAGCUUUCGCACGAGCUCACCAAGCGCUUCGCCUCCAAGUGCUUCACGCCCAUCGAAAUCUACAGCUUCUCGGCCGUUUUCAAGUCGCUGGCCGAGACGUCUUCGGGCGUGCGACACUGGAACGAGGCGACGCUAUGCCGGUUUCUGGGGCUGCCGGACGAGCUGGCCGUCGGGUCCGUCGUCUUCCAAAUGGCGACCUACCUCGGUGCCUUUCCCUUCCCGAGCCAGGCGCCUGCGAUCCUCACGCUGGAUAACCUGCUCAAGGUCGUGACGCUGUUGACGCGGCGGCACACGCCCGUGCUGGGGCGCCGGGGCGACGCUGUGUGGGUAGCGGAGGUGUACCGCAGCUUGGCGGUUUAUGAUCGCGGGCUGGAUGCUGUACCGGAGGACAAGAAGCCGGCGGCGGGUGAAGAGGGGGGUGAGGGUGCGGAAGAGGCCGAAGGUGGCGAGGGCGAGGCGGCUGAGAGCUCGACAUACACUGGAUUCGCGGUCGACGAGCCUGUAGAUGGUGACGAGAGCGACGAGGAGGGCGACGAGCUCGUGCUCGCGGCGCUCGACUCGAUGGAUGUCGCGGAGGUGUUCAAGCAAGGCGAGCAGCCGCAUCUGCACCACUCGGUCAUUCCGACGGACAACUUCUUGCGCCUGCUGCAACUGCUGCUCCUGAUCGCGCCGCUCGAGGCUCAAGACAACCUCUCCGAGUACUUUGCGCAGGUGGACGACGAGCGGCUGCGCGGCCUGCGCGCCACGGCGAACAAUAUAUUAUCCUCGUUCGACGUGGACAAGAACCACGGCGUGAAUUUCAAGACGUUCAACGCAGUCGUCACUUCGUCCAUGCCGUACCUCUUCGACGGGCUGAGCCCGCUCUUCGAGCAUUUCCUCUUCGCAAAAGAGCUUGACCUCUCCAAGCGCAAAGAAUCAACUUCUUCCGCGGCGUCAGGCGGCUCGGACAAAAAACCCGCAUCACCACCACCAGUGCGGGAAAUACCCUCGUCAGCGAAGCAGCUCCCAGCACCCGAGCCGAUUUUGCAAUCGGCGGGCGAGAUCCUCGACCUCAACAUGCUCUCGCAACUAUCCUUCAUGAUCAAAGGCACGAACCUCUUCCGGCGACUGCGCCCGCUCUACUCAGGCGGCGAGCACGGCUUCAGCAUGGGCAGCUUCGAAAAGAGCGUCUUCAACUGGCGCGCGCCCUCGAUCCUCCUCGUAUCAGGCACGCUCCUCCCAGACACGCCCAGCAACCCCAGCGAGCGGGCCUUCGCAGACUCGCUCCCCCCAAAACGUCUGCCCAGCAGCCUAGACUUCCCCUCGGGCACCGGCAUGCCGCAAGAGACUCAGCGGGAGCAGGCGCUCGUCUUCGGCGCCUACAUCCCCACGCCGUGGAAGAACACGCCCAAGACGGCCUUUGGCGACUCGAGCACGCAGCUGUUCCAGCUCGCGCCCGCGCACGACGUCUUCGCCGCGUCGGCGCUGGCCUCGGACUACGCGUACUUCAACAAGCCGCCGCACGGGCACACGGGCCUGGGCCUGGGCAGCGGCGUGCCGUCGGCGAAAGCGGCGCACCAGUACGGGGCCUCGGCGACGGUGCCGCUGGGCGCCGUGUCGCUGCACGUGGACGCCGGGCUCGAGUUCGCCGUCUUCACGCACUUUUCCGAGGGCGGGGGCUCGUUCCGGCCGAGCAGGAAUCCGGCGCGCGCUGGCCGCGACUGGCAGGAUAGGUUCGCUAUCGAGGCGGUUGAGGUGUGGGGGUGUGGUGGAGAUGAGGAGGCUGAGGCCCAGAGGAAGGCAUGGGCGUGGGAGGAGCGCGAGGCUGAGGCCAGACGGAAAAUUAAUCUGGGGACGGGCGAUAUUGAGGCUGACAGGGAGCUGUUGCGGUUGGCGGGGUUGAUUGGUGGGGAUAGGAGCGGGGGGAGCAUGGGAUGA